AUGAAGGUUCCGUGCAUUGCUAUCAUCGCCAUUGCUGUUAGCACAGUCACUGGCGCAUAUAUUGACAGUACACCCGCCGAUAUAACUGUAGUUGAAAGUAAACUCUUCAAUGGCACCACUCAUGGAGAUCAAAAUUCCAUGACAAAUUGGAAUGACACUAUAUCCACAACCAUCACAACAUCAGACAACUCACCUACAGAUGAAGAUGCAACCAUCGAAAGCGUAGACGCAGAAAAAGAAUAUGAGGAAGAAGCUGCGGAAGUCGCUGAAGAUAUUGCAUUAAACACCCAAGAUGACUCAGAGGACAAUAAGCUCUUCCCGCCCAGUCAACUAUGCGCUACACGUCGCAAACCUCGAUGCUGCGAAUUAGGCGGGGGAUUGUACAAAGAUGGAUGCGAACGUCUUUCGAUGCCACUUCCAGCCAAUCGCAACGAUUUCCGGAGCAUGUGCGAUGAAGCGAAUAAAGUCGCCUAUUGCUGUAGGAAUUCCGUCGACAUAGCCCAAAUAGGAGUCAUGUGUCGCAAAGCAAGAAUGUGA